AUGGCCCUUCUCGCCAGUCUCCUCGUCCUCGCCGGUGCUGCAAAUGCUCAGGUCGGCUCUAUACUGUCACCUGCCUUCGAUAUCAACUUCCUCAAAACCUCUGCUGCUUCAAACCCACUCGGCUGGCUUGGGGCCAACGGCCCCUAUGCCUCUGGCCCCAACGUGUACGGCAUCUCUUCGGAUGUGCCCGAGCAUUGUACUGUCGAUCAGGCUUUCUUCGUUUCCCGCCAUGCUUCUCGGUACCCCGACCCCGGCGCUUACAAUGGCUGGAUAGACAUGAAGAACCGCUUUUCGGCGGGUAAUGGAUACGAUGCCACGGGAACGCUCUCCUUCCUGCCAUCUUGGAAGCCCGUGCUGACAAACCCCCGCCUUCAAAUGUCCAACCUCUCGCCAACGGGACAGAAGGAGGCUUUCGAUAUGGCAUAUGCUCUACGUACCAAAUAUCCCCAGUUGUAUAACGAGGGCGACGAUCUGUACGUCUGGGCCAACAACUACUCGCGGGUGUUGCAGACAGCUAAGCUGUUUGUCCGCGGCUUUCUUGGUGUCAACGCUACCAAUCUGGGCCACGUUGUGUCUGUCACGUCUUCCGGAAGCGUCGACGCUAUCGGUAACUCGCUCGGUCCGUCUGACAGCUGCCCCAACUUUGUCGACGUGUCUGGAGGCAUGUAUUUUACCAACUGGUCCAAUGUCUACAUCCCGCCCAUCCAAAAACGUCUCCAGUCCCUUAUUUCUGGCAACCUUACAUUCACUUCCGACGAUAUUUCCCAGAUCCCAUAUCUCUGUGGCUUCGAGUCUCAGAUCACCGGCCGUCUCUCGCCGUGGUGCAAUGUCUUCUCUGACAAAGAGCUUCAGUACUACCAAUAUUCCAACGAUCUCCGUUACUACUAUGGCGUGGGUCCUGGUACCAAGUUACCGGCUACAAUGAUGCUGCCAUAUCUGAAUGCAGUUAUGGGUUUAUUGAAAACGGGCCCUGGUGCUCUUCAUGGCACUGCAGCGGACGGCUCAGAUUUCACUUUACCCCAACUCUUGGUCAGUUUUCUCAAUGACGGUCAGCUGAAUGAACUGAUCGCGGCAUCCGGCGUACACGAUGCGCAAGCUGCACUGUCUGACUCGCAUAUGGAUCCGAAUCGCCUGUACAUUGGUAAUCGAUUCACGACCAUGCGCGGCACCGUUGGCUUUGAGCGCCUCAACUGUGCUGUGCGGCCCAGCAGGAACUGCUCCAGCGAUCUCCUACCGCUGGCCCAGCGCACCUGUGGUGGCAAAACGAAAGUGCCGUCCUUUCCGCCGUCAAUCACCAACCACACUUUUAUCCGUGUGCUGUUGAAUGACGCUGUCUACCCUGUUCCCGGAUGCCAAAACGGACCUGGCUACUCUUGUCUUCUGGACGACUAUGUCGAGUUCGUUGGCAGCAAGUACAACAAAUCUGGCAACUGGGCUGAAAACUGUGGUGCGACCGUUCCUGGCGCUCCAAAGGUUGUUGCUGGUGCGACCUUCUACACGAAGCUGGGCGGUGACUUUUUACAAGUUAUUUCGCCCUAG